AUGCGAACUUUGGAUCAUUGGACUCAAAGCGAUGCGGCGGUAACCGCAGAAUUUCAUGUCGGUAAAUUCGCGUUAUUGGUUGACAGAAAACCGUUGGUGAAAUUCAACCCGGAUCAGCAGUCUAUGAAACUUUGCAUACUUCACUAUAAUGAUAUGAAAUAUAAACUGGCCGAUUACGGGCUAUCAGUAGAUUUGCCGAAUUCCGCAUUACUAGACGCAGACCAAACUAACACUGGAGAUUUUAUCGCCGUAUUCGGGAGUUCAUUGAGGACAGUGGAGAUGCCAGAUGACAGCCCAAUAUCGAUCGAUAAAGUCCGAGGUGAACUGGCUGAAACGCUUGGCGGGUCGUUCGUAGACUUACGACGGGCAAUGUUGACGUUGGAGAAUGAUACGGAUCGAAAUCUUCUGGCUAGGAUGUACUCGUUGACACGUUGGGCACGAACCUAUCGCAGAUGUCCAAAGUGUGGAGCUGCCCUGAAAAUGCGUGCCUCUAAAUCAGCUGCUGCUUGUAUCACGUGUGAUCGUAUAUUCUACCCUACAUUCGUUCCAGUGGCCAUUUGUCUAGUAUCGAAUCGUGCAAAUACGCAUGUCUUACUGAUAAGACAUCAACGAACUGUGAAUACCGUCUACACAGCAAUUGCUGGUUUUGCUCAAAUGGGCGAAUCGCUAGAAGAAAGCGCGAGGCGUGAAGUCGCUGAAGAAGUUGGCAUAGAAUGUGAUAAAGUCUGGCAAAUAAGCGCCACCCAGUCGUGGCCAAUUCCGGAAGGUUCACUGAUGUGCGCUUUCCGAGCAAUUGCCGACUCGAGGCAAAAGAUCGACGUUUGCACCGAAGAGCUGGAAGGUGCUCGAUGGUUCAGUCGUGAAGAUGUGAAGUUGGCUUACGAGAAUUCAUUACGUGAUCCUCAACUUCAAUUUGCGCCCAGAACAAAGAGUGUCAUUCAACAGCUCAGAUACAUACCUCCACAAGGCGCAAUUGCUCAUCGGAUUAUCAAAGAAUGGCUCGAAGAGAAACCAUAUGUUUGA